UGGUUUUUUACCGCUCCGUUAUUUGUAAAAAGUGCUAGGUAAAAACCUAAAAAUACGCUAAAGAGCUUCCCAGUUGUAUUUCAAAAAUAGUUUAAUGCCCGCUUUAACAACUAUGGCAGAAGCGACGGCAGCUACACCGGACGAUAUGUGGACACCGUUCAAGCAUUUGUUCAAUAGUAUUGAAACAUUCCUGCUUCCGACGGAUACCGGCGGACAACAACAGGAGCAGAAUGUGGCCAAUUUGGAUGCACUGCUACGGAAUCACAAGCAAAACUUUACUACCUUGCUACGGAAUCCGCCAAAAAAUAGCAAGAGUCGCGACGCGAUCCGGCAGGGCAUAACGGAAGGUAUUACGCUGCCCGAGUUCGGUCAUACGAUACUGUCAAAGGAUCUUGUCGACGAAAGUGUAAUUAUUUCGGAUAUGUACGGACUGAAUGAGUAUAUCGCGUUGGAAUUGCUAUGCACUGCCCAGCAGCAGAUGCCGAAUCAUCCGGGCCUGCCGCGCGGGCUGGUAGCGGUACUGUUGUAUUAUGACGGCCGCAAAUCGUUGGUCGCUAGUUUGAAGGAACUUUUUCAGGCGAGGGCAGGCGUAAGUUGGUGUACGGAUGCGGCACAGGAAAUUACACAGCUGAUUACGGCGUACACGGACGGUUUGGUUGCGGAUGGUAUAUUGGAUAAGAUUCUAGCCCUGUUGGAGGAGUUGGAUGUUACGAAAGAGCUGGAUGUGUUGACUACGAACCGAGCGUUGGGCCCUCCGAAACAUCACCGGCAGGUGUUGGACUUGUUCGAGGAAAUUCGGCUGCUUUUGGCUACAUGUUUGUUUAACUGGUCGGCGCAAUGUGGAUUACCACGGGAAACGACUUUGAAAUUAAUUCGUCACCUCGCGAAAUACAAAUCGACCGUUUCGUCUGGUGGUAUUGAUAAUGUAACGCUGGCUUUGCAAAUGGCUUUGAUGUAUGGAUUGGAUAUGAGUGUUAUUCAGCGAAGGGAAGACGGGGAGGAUAUAGUUAAGCGCUUGCCAAUGGUGAAGGAUACGGAGUUUAUUGAGACGGUUAUGGAAGCGUUGUCCAGCAGCUGGGAAUGCGAGGGACUUCGAUCGAUUUCGCUGUUCACCUUUGGUCUAGCAAUUGCCACCCUCAGAUUGGCGCCGCAAAAUUUAUAUACAAAUACAGCUAGAAUAAUCGACCAGGAUGAAUUGCUUGUGGAUGCUGCCAUUCAGGGUCGAGUGUUUGAUUUUAUUCACUACACAUUUCUGGAGAAUGAAGUGAUUUUUCGAACGGAAUUUUACUACCGGAGAAUGCAUGUACUGUUUACGGAUUUCAUCGAAUUGAUGCACUCAAAAGUGACGGAAUUGAGGGCAAGAGCAGAUGAAACAGCCCGAACCGUGCAAGCCUUUCAGCAGCAGGGACUCGAUCCUCCGGCAAAUCUGUGUCGCAAUUUCGAAGCAUUGCUUCUGUCGGUUGGUAGAUUAUACCAAAAUGAUAAGAUGCGUUUGAAUUUAUCGCUAGAGUACUGGGGCCCCAUGGAGGUCGCAACGAAUUAUCAACGUGCUUCAUCGCGUUCUGUUUGCCUGUUUAAGUUUAUUCGUUUGGCUGGAGAACUUCUUCCUCCGAUACUGUUUAUUCCAUACCUAAAAAUGCUGGCUGGACUGUCAAGUUGCUCUCAGUCCGCUCGAAACGCCUUCAACUUGCUGAAACAAGGAGGCGGGGCUUCCGGAGCAUCGGCUACAAUUUCGUGGGACCACUUUUUCAAUUCGCUUUUCCGUUACUAUCAAAACCUUCGUCAGGAACAAAAUCCGGGCAGCGAAACCGUCUACCGUAACCGCGCUUUGAGCAGAAACAUUAACCCGCAAGAAAUUGCGGGUUUACAAGCGGUGUUACAGGUUAUCCGUGCGGUGGCUAAUCACGAUGAAGUUGCCAGAGUAGCACUCUGUGAACACCCGAAUUGGUCCCCGUUGCAUGUGCUUCUAGGGUUGAUUAGCUGUUCUGUUCCUAUUGCACUGAAAGCCGAGUUAGUCCAUACCUUAGCCGCGCUUGGAAAGAGCAAAGAAACCGCUCUGCAGCUGUGGACAAAUCUGGAAGCUUCGCAAAUCAUUGCUACAAUUCCUACGACUAGCACUUUUGUCAAUCGUGGCAUCGAAUCCGAAUUGGAGGAAAUCGAAAGUCGCAACGAAACCUAUCCGCUGACGCUCGGAAUGCUAGAUCUGUUGUAUACGUUGUGUCAAACGGCCAUUCCGAAAGGACUCGGUGCAGGACCGCGGAAACCAGGUCUCGAUCCAUACGUUACGUUCAUCAUCGAUGCCGUCUUCUUGCGCUUCUAUAAUCGAAAUUACAAGAAUGCAGUUGAAAAAUGGCAGAUUGCCUCGAAAUGUCUUCGUCUGCUGCACGCCUUCGUGAAAAACUAUCAGCCGACUCCGCUAGACUUUCCUUCCCCGAAUCAACCGCGCGAAGAAAACGCCGCUCCCGGUUUUCACAUUCUUCUGCAAGUGAACACUAAAUCGGAUUUUUUGCGACUGCUUCUACACAUCGUAGAUGAAUCCGUAGGUCUGUUCGACACAUAUUCACCUUUCCCGGGGCGAAAAGCAUUGGAAGCUACCUCGCUGUAUGCUUUGCAGAUAAUUGAACGAGCUUUAGAAAUGCAGGAAGACUUUUUUAACGCUCACUUUGCCUCCAACUGUUCUAUUUUGUUGGCCGGCGCUAACAAACUGUUGCUUGGGAUGAACCCUAGAAGCGGCCGAGCCGACCACAUGCUAAACAUUACCCGAUUCGUUACGUAUAGCAGCUGGCUGCCGGAAAACGCUUUGGUCGCCAUACGCAUUCUUACGGCCAUUAUGCGUCAGCCCAAUGUCAGUCAACAGAUUGUCGGUCUUCUGACGCAAACCGAUCGCAUUCGGAACGAAAUUCGACAGGGUUUCGUUGAAUGUUUGGAAAGCGAAACGGUCACGUAUGCUUCAAGAAAUGGCGCCUGUGGCGAAAGUGCUCCCGAUGAUCAGGAUCAAGAGCUGGACGAAUAUGCGGCGGUUGGAGCCGCUGGCUCCUGCCUCGAGCUGCAAAUAAAGGAAGCGAUCGUCGGGCUGCUGCAGGAAUGUCUGCCACAGCAAAGCACCCCCAAUCUGGCUCACUUUUUGCUUGGAUUCGAGCUGAAUAAGGAACUGCGGUUGACCAAUUUGCAGCAGCCAGGAGUGAUGAACUUCCCCAGCAACUGUGCUAAAUCGUUGAUUUCGCUGUUGGAUAAUGCAUUGGAGAACUCAAAAGCGGGAAAGCAACCCAACUCAGCCCAAGAGCGUCUGGUUGAAAAUGGCUACACGCUGCUGUACUCACUGUGUUGCAAUAGUCGUACGUCGGAGGUAAUCCUGCGAUUCCUACGCUCGUGCAACGAUUUCCUCUGCCGGCACAUAAACGGUCUUCCGUUCGCAAACUUCCGUGGUGCACAUGUACUUAAUCAAAUGACCGGAUUGCUGAAGUGUGUCGCCAUUGAGUUGAAGUUGACUUCGGACAAAAGUCAGGUGUCCCAGUUCGGGAACAUUUGCAAAAUUUUGCUCGGUGUUGUCCAGCAGUCACCGGCGGUUGAGCCAGCUACGCUGGAAAUGUCGCAUCAUUACAGUACGGUCAACAUAAGCAUGCUCUCCAACGCUACUGGUGGGCUGGAAGUUACUUCGGUUAUGCGCAAGGGCACGGACUCGGCGAAGCUACUACUUUGUCAGUUACUUGAUUGCCUGAACUUUGAGAUUAAAUCUCUCGAAAAACCUAAAUGGGAUUACUUCGACAACGCACUGUUGCAGGGUUUGUUGCAAAAUUGCGAAUUGCCGGUCAUUGGUGGAGGGCUGAAGCUGAUUGACAUAAAGAAACUGCACGACGUCUUGAAGGAUGAGUUGAAUUCAGUUCAAACAACGAUUGCUGCCGGUCAGAGAGCACACAUUCUGGCGGAGAUUGAAGCCAUUCUGGUAUAUGCACUGCAGGUCAAUAGCCAGCGAAACCUGUGUGCUUCGACGGUACGUUUCCUGGAGGCAUGGGGACAGGUCACGGAGGUGUUGUUCAGUGUGACUCCGGCUAUGUUCGUGUCAUUGGAUGUCAAGCAAGGGUUACUGGUGGAAAUUAUUCAAGCUAUGCUGACGAAAGUUGUGCCCAAUCAGAUUAUGCCCGAGUUAGCCAGCAUAGCUUCUUCAACAGUGCUACUGCUGAUGGUAAACUUGAGGCAUUGUUAUUCGUUGAAAAACAGUGGAGCUGGAACACAACAUCAACAGGACGUUAAUCAGAGCCAGUUGGUCGGCAGUAGCUUCGGGGGAGUUAGUGGACCGACCGGAAGGAUGUUUUCGCCGAAAACUAAUACACUGAGCUUGCGAUAUAUAUUACAGAAUACUUUGGAUUGGAUCUUGAUCAGCGGGGUCGGAUCGCAGAAGUUGAGAAUCAAUUUAUAUGCUGCCCUGUUGAAUUACAUGCACAUUGUUAAGGGCAAUCGGGAUCGAACCGAACAGGAGCAAGAGAAUGUGAGGGAUGAGUUCUAUGUAUCUCGAUUGGACAAAAGCUUGCACGCUGGAAAGUCUCACAGUGCAGCGAUUGAUGAGUCCAAUGCACAGAUCGAAAUGGUGGUGGAAAUUUUCCAACAAUUUGGAGAUAAGUUGAUCGAUAUACUGUGUCAUGAUUGUACUGGAGGACAUGACAUUUGUAAAAUGCUGGCGCUAUCCUGCAUUGACAUGCUCCUGGAUAUGGACUCAAUGACCAACUUCAUACAGUUUAUCUCGAAACGAGGAUAUCUUGCCCAUCUGAUUGAUAGUCUACUAAAGAAUGAUGGAAAAUUGUGCCGAAUUUUGGAUAAUCAGCCGGAGAAUAUGAAAGCACUGUAUGUUUACGAAUCGAAAAUGGCUAUGCUGAGCCGAAUUGGAGGAUCACACAUCGGAGCUGAGCUUUUGUUGGAAGAAAAAGCUCUCAGUGUUCUCGCGGGCAUGAAAGUUUUCGAUCUUCAUCCUGACUUUCAGGUGUUGAGCUAUUCUGCUCACUACCCAGUCUCGUCCAGCUUCAUCCCGCCGAUCGAAGCCCGUUAUCAGCAGAUUCUAUUCCCGGCUCUUAAUUUGUGCGAUUCAAUUCUCUCCACGUUAGGCCAGGAAAAUCACUCAGCCAUAACGCAAAUUGUUCAUUUCCUUCUCUCCCACGGGGAUACAAUCGAGAUAGUUCUUCGUGCUGGAACACCUUUUCUCAAUAUUGGACUUCUCCAGGAGCUAUCCGGAAUAACUAGCCUGAUUGCCCGAGCGGCCAAUCAGGAAAUUUCCAAUCUCAUCACUCCGAAUGCUAACCAAGACCUGGGCGCCCAUCUGUACCGUCUGCAGAAGCUAAUGUUGACACUGUUCCCACGCUUCACACUUACCGAACAAACUUUAAAGGAGCUUAACCAGAACAUUUUGACGCAUUGUAGCGAAAGUGAACGAUCGGCUCAUUUAAAACACUUCCUGCAGAUCGCAGCCAAUCUCGCCUUGUACGCUCGGAAUAGUAUUUCCAAUCAUUCCGUCGAUCACCGAACUAUCAACGUACUAUUUUCCCCGCAAAUCAGUGAAUCGAGCAUUCAUCAUGUACAUCCUGGAAGACAGGAUAAUCGUAGCGUAACAAACCUGGACAGCUCUCACAGCAGUUUGAGCAUGAUCGUGCAACAGCUCCGAUGCUCGGUCGAGUUCUACCACAACGGCAAACUUGCUUACGAAAGUUUGCUACGUCAACGCAACUCCUUGCCAGGGCUUAGCUUGGAUUCAAACAUUCAAGUUCAACACGACAGCCUAACGGAACGGAUAGCCGCCCGCCAAGAGGAGUUGAAACGAUGCGUUUUUAUUACUGAACAUUGUCUCUACCUUUUGUGGGCACAUUUGGAUUUCUUCAUGCUGCGGGCAAUCCCAGUUAACACGCUUCACUUCAACGCACCAUACGCAGUUGAUAAUUAUCUGACGUCGCAGACGGAAGUUUCCUGGAAGAUUACUGCCGACGAUGUGGCCAUUCUGAAGAAAACGUUAAUUGGAGUUUUUAACGAAACAUUCUGCAAGCAGCUGCUCGCCACCGCACAGGAUCAUACCCGUGUCUCGGACAAGGGUUUCAUCGAGGCACUGAUGAGAAGAAUUAAGCGGCUCAUUCAGUUCGUGCCGGUCAAGUAAGUCAGUGGUACCAGCGCCAUAGUCCGUAAUCAAUUUUACUGCCCGUUUGUUCGAACGAUCAAACUCAUACAA